CUCGGUUCCAGCCCAAGAAGAGCCCAAAGUGGAAUGCGACUCUGCUUGUUUUGUUCAUAUUCAGAGAAGCACGUUGUUGGUGCUAAAAGUAGUAACAAAUAACCAUGACUACAAAGCCAAAGAAAGCAGAGGGAGAAUCCGGGAACCCUGGAUAUACAUGAAGACUGCUGGUCAUCAACCAUACAAACAGCUAUGAGAAUAAGAGACACUGAAGAAAGAUCCCGAAAUGUGGGAUGUUGUGGUUCCUCAUGCGUGCCUGUAACUUGACUGCUUUGGCCAGAAGAGGAGUGUUUGUCACAGUAAAAUGAAGCCCUUGGUAAUGUCAAAACCAGUCUCAUUAGAUGUCUCCGGAAUUUGGGCUUCUAAUUCACAGUGGACAGGUCAGCACCAGCCGCUGGAAGAUGGCACCAGAAAGACUUGUAGUAGUGCCAACCCAAGCUCGUCUAUUCACAAAGAGGGCCUUUGCACAGGACUCUGUGCUUGGGCCCACAAGUGAGAUGCAAAUGAGUCAUGUUUGUAUUGAAUUCUCUGAAGUUUCCAUCAAACACUGGCCAGCGCUUCCUCACCCAGAAGCUGCCAACACCCCUUCCACCGAUGUCAAUGGAAAGAGCGGUUUCAGUGGCUGCCCAGCUGAUCCGUUCGCUCUGUUGUCUGGGAAGAAAGAAGCGUCACAGAUCAUGGCUCCCUGGCCUGAGGUGGAAAAACCUGAAACCAAUAACUAUAUUGGGGAUUCUUCCAAACAAAACCAGAACAUGGCUGGGAAAGAAGGAGAAAAUCACAAAGGCAACGUGGCUUCACUUGGAAAUAAAGGGGAAAUUCAACCUGCGUUUUCUACAAUAGCCUUGAUAGACGAGACAAGGCCAGAAGAAAGCGACCCAUGGGCUUUGCCAGAACUGCAGGACACUGGGGUCAAGUGGUCAGAAUUGGAUAGAAAAGGAAAAAUCAUUCGUGUACUCUACGGGAUAGGGAAGUUUAUUAUGCUACUUGGAUUACUCUACUUGUUCGUGUGUUCUCUGGAUGUACUGAGCUCUGCUUUUCAACUGGUAGGAGGUAAAGCAGCAGGAGACAUUUUUAAAGAUGAUUCAGUGCUGUCUAAUCCUGUUGCGGGAUUGGUGAUUGGAGUUCUGGUGACCGUUAUGGUCCAGAGCUCCAGCACUUCUUCAUCCAUUGUGGUCAGCAUGGUGUCCUCCACACUGCUGACUGUUCAAUCAGCUAUCCCUAUCAUAAUGGGGGCAAACAUUGGCACCUCAGUUACAAACACAAUUGUGGCACUCAUGCAAGCUGGGGACAGGAAUGAGUUUAGAAGGGCCUUUGCUGGGGCAACAAUCCACGAUUUCUUUAACUGGCUUGCUGUGUUUGCGCUGUUGCCCAUUGAAGUUAUUUCUGGCUAUCUUUACCAUCUCACCAAUGCUAUAGUUGAGUCCUUUCAUCUUGAAAGUGGUGAGGAUGCCCCUGAGCUACUAAAAGUUAUCACCGACCCCUUUACAAAGCUUAUCAUUGAGCUUGAUAAAUCAGUAAUAAAUGCAAUUGCUACGAAUGAUGAAUCAGCAAAAAACAAAAGCCUGGUAAAGAUUUGGUGUGUAACUGAAACCAACGUGACACUGCAGAAUGUCACAAUUCCACCCUCAGAAAACUGCACAUCUCCUGACCUUUGCUGGACUGAAGGAAACACGACGUGGACCCUCAAGAAUGUAACUGAAACAGAAUAUAUCAGUAAAUGCCGGCAUCUCUUUGCAGAGGCAGACCUGCCUGAUCUUGCCAUCGGUCUCAUCCUUCUGGCUUUGUCCCUGCUUGUUCUGUGCUCCUGUUUGGUGAUGAUCGUUAAGCUAUUAAACUCUGUGCUUAAAGGACAAGUGGCGAGCGUUAUCAAGAAGACAAUCAACACUGAUUUCCCAUUUCCUUUUACUUGGCUAGCAGGAUACUUGGCUAUGCUUGCAGGGGCUGGUAUGACCUUUGUUGUCCAAAGUAGUUCUGUUUUCACAUCUGCUAUUACACCCCUUGUUGGCAUUGGCGUUAUAAGCAUUGAGCGUUCUUAUCCCCUAACCUUAGGAGCUAACAUUGGCACAACUACAACAGCUAUACUUGCAGCUUUAGCAAGUCCAGGGAGUACAUUAAAAUAUUCAUUACAGAUUGCCUUGUGCCACUUUUUCUUCAAUAUCUCUGGGAUUAUUCUGUUUUACCCGCUACCUUUUACCCGACUGCCAAUCCGCAUGUGCAAGACCUUGGGAAACAUAACAGCCAAGUACAGAUGGUUUGCUAUAUUUUAUCUUCUCGUCUGCUUCUUUCUUUUGCCUUUGUUUGUAUUCGGUCUGUCACUGGCAGGCUGGCCAGUCCUUUUGGGUGUUUGCCUUCCCCUGUUUGCUCUUUUUAUUGCUGUGAUUGUAAUUAAUGUUAUGCAGAAGAAGCGACCACAUUCACUGCCUGAGAAGCUCCAAAAUUGGGAUUUCCUACCCAUCUGGAUGCACUCCCUAGAGCCCUGGGACAAUAUCAUUAUGUCUUCGCUCGCCUUUUGUGGGAAACACUGCUGCGGCUUCUGCAAGUGCUGCAAAGUCAAUGCAGAACAGGAGGGUGCCAAAGACAACCAGCUAAAAACUAUGGAGGUUUAUGAAAACACCAUUGCGAUGGCUGAUGAAGAAAGAGGUGGAAGAAGGGCACCGGCUGCAGCUUGUGUUGAAAAAACAGGCACAAACAACACAGCCUUAUAGUAGCAGAUCAACCCAUAUUGUCAGAGAUACAACAUAGGACAGUCAGGCUCUUGAAAACCACCUUGGACAAUGCACUGAGGACAGAGUGAACAUUUUGUUAGGUUCCUGCAGCCAGUGAUAUAUCACUCAUCAAGGAAUGGAGUCAAACAAGCUUGACAGAGUUCCUAGAAAAUCUAUGAUCAGUUGAAAAGCUAAUGACAGAUUUACUCACAGAGGAUCUACUAUGUGGUACCUUCAUCCAAUGCUACCAGUGGCAAACAAAAGAAAUCCUGAUGUAGUCUCAUGAAGAGAGAGAUGAAAGGAGUGAUGAUCAAUUCAGACUUAAUUAAAAAACAAGCAAACAAACAAUGCACUUGUAGAAAAGCCUUUCUGACCUACUGGCUUAUUCAGCGGAGGCAACUUUAUAAUACCUAAAAAGCUCUGGAAAUGGAGGGGGGGGAAAAAAAGAGGGAAAAAAAAAAAGAAAAUCAUAAUGUUUUUAUUGCCCUGUUUGCAGUGAUCAAAAUGGAAAAUAGUAGUUUUCCCAGUAUGGGCAAAAUCUAGUAUAUGUGUGUGAAUGAAAACGAAAUGCUGGAACAUCUUUCAGAAGCUCUGGGAGUCCUACUCUGGCAAAAGGGCGUGCAUAAGCCCAUUUUGGGCCCUCUCUGUCUCCUUUAACACUGGGUAUAGAAUUUGUAAUUUUUUAUUAUCUCAAGGUAAAGGCCAUAAAACUAAUUGCUGAUCCCUCUGCCUGCUGAAGGUUAAGCACUGGGUUUGGAGACACUGGGUGGUUACCGAGACUUGACAGACUCAGGAUGUGGUUGUGUGGUCAUUCCUCUCUCUAGAUGGUCCUCCCCAAUCCUGUCCACCAUGUAACCCCACAAUCAGAGGAAUGGUGCAGGAGGGAGGAAGAGUGGCCAGUGCAGGGGAGGAGACAGCCACCCGAGCCUGGGCUGAUGCCAUGAGAUCUAUGUGUGACUGUGGCUCCAUUUGGCUGAGCCACAAAAUGACUUUUCAGAGUAGUGGUGGAGACUGGCUUUAGAGCUACAAAAGAGGGAACCUGGAGAGCAGCUUAUGGUUAGCAUGGGACAUAUGGUAACAUUUACUGGAGAAAGGAGAGUUCUCUCUGAACCACUCUUCUUGGAAAUAAUGUGAAUUUUACUGGCAAUUGUAUGUGGCAAUCCAAAUCCCAAAUAAAAUCCAUAAGUAGUGUAGUCACUACCAUGUGUAGUCAAUCCAUAGGUAGUAUAGCACUUGGUGGGCAGCUACUUGGGCUCAAAUGUUACUAUUACUGAUAUUUCAGUAAAUGCUUGUGAGGCUGCUCUGAAUCAUGGACUGACAAAAGGCAUAAUUUCAAUGUCAGAAAAAGAGCAUUUCAAAGAUAUACCCAAGGGUAGAGAGGAAGCUGGCAGAAGUGCUCACCCAGCCACUUUCCAUCAUUUAACAGCAGUCCUGGCUAACCAGGGAGGUCCCAGUUUAGCAAAUGUGAUGCCCAUCUACAAGAAGGGCCAGAAGUACGAUCUAGGGAACUACAGGCCUGUCAGUCUGACCUCGGUGCUGGGGAAGGUUAUAGAGCAGAUCAUCUUGAAUGCCAUCACGUGGCAUGUACUGGACAACCAGGUGAUCAGACUCAGUCAGCAUGGGUUUAUGAAAGGCAGGUCCUGCUUGACUAAUCUGAUGUCCUAUGACAAGGUGAUCCG